UGGACACGCCCCCCCCCGACACGCCCCCUGUCGUUACGACGCGGCCGCUUUACGGCAGUACGCGGUAACCGAGCAGCGGCGGCGGCGGGCGAUGAGGCGGCGGCUCUGGCGGGUCCCCGGAGCGGCGCAGGAUGGAUCCCGUGGUUCUCAGCUACAUGGACAGCCUGCUGAGGCAGUCGGACGUGGCCCUGCUGGAGCCCCCGCACUGGCUCAACGACCGCAUCAUCGGCUUCGCCUUCGAGUACUUCGCCAACCAGCAAUUCCAGGAGUUCGGCCACCGCGUUUGCUUCAUCAGCCCCGAGGUGGCUCAGUUCAUCAAGUGUGCCCUUAGCCAGGAGGAAAUAGCCAUAUUCCUGCAGCCUCUGGACCUUCUCUGCAAGGAGCUGCUGUUCCUGCCUAUCAACGACAACUCCAGCCAGGCCGCCGGGGGCACCCACUGGAGCUUACUGGUUUAUUUCAGGGACAAGAAGUGCUUCUCCCAUUAUGAUUCCCACAGUAAAUGCAACUCUGUCCACGCCAAGCAAGUGGCAGGGAAGCUGGAGGCCUUUCUGGGAAAAAGAGGAGGCAAAGCCACCUUUGUGGAGGAGAAGGCGCCAGCACAGCAGAACAGCUACGACUGUGGGAUGUACGUGAUCUGCAACGCCGAGGCUCUGUGCCACGGGUACUUCCAGGGCCGGGCAGAGCCUCUGCUGCAGCUCCUCACCCCCUCCUACAUCACGCAGAAGAGGUCGGAGUGGAAAGCUCUCAUCACAAAACUGGCACAGAAGUGAUGGGGAUGCACCUCCAGCCCCCCCCAAAAACUGCCUUCCCAGUCCAAGAGGCAGCCCCCCCAAAAACUGCCUUCCCAGUCCAAGAGGCAGCACCCCCAAAAACUGCCUUCCCAGUCCAAGAGGCAGCACCCCCAGUGCCUGAGGGAAUGCCCAUGCACAGGAUUGUCCCAAAGAAAAAGAAUGUAACCCCUCUAGCAUGGCUACACCCCCCCCCAAACACCCUGUUCCCUCCAGGAAAAGCCUUAUUCUCCUCUUGAAAUCACUGGCCUUUCAACUUCUAAUGCCAAGAGUCACUUUGCUUUCAAAGAAACCCUCUCCAUGGUAAAUUUUCGCAGUAAUUGCUGCGGCAAAACAGGUUGCUAAAGAGGCUUCUCCACCUGUGCCCAGCAGGCAACACACCCUCAUUAGGUGGCUUUAGUUGGCUCCAGGCAUUGUCCUUCCAAGCCAGAUUUAGCAAAUGCUCUUUAAACCCAAGCCCCCAAGUGCUUUAUCGUGGACAGUUCUAGUUUGUGCCUCCUGCUAACAGUAUUGGAGCAAUGUGGGAUUUAACAGCCAGGAUUUUGUACCUGACAUUGAGAUGUCACUGCAAAAAGAUGAGACUGCAAAGGAAAUGCUACAAUUAAUUUAAGAACAGAGCAAAAUCAAAGUCAGUUUUCAUCAGCCAGGUGCUCCUAGGCCACACAGUGAUGGCUUUUUUGGUCCUCCGCCCCUGCUUGUUCUUACUGCAAAUUAAAACCUGACUCUGAACUGCUGGAAGAUUAAUAGGAAGCUGAGAAAGCCAAUCCUAGGAAAAGAAACUUAAUUGAGAUGAAAAGCAACACUCACUCUUUGAAGUUUGGGGAUUUUCAUUAGGAUUUUAGGUUGUCUCUGUGCAGGGAGGGUCCCUCAGUGCUCCCCAACCCUUGUUAGCGGUCGCUGCUCUAGCACAGAACCAGUUCUGUUGCUUAAGAGAAAAAAAAAACACACCAGGGAGAACAAAAGGACAGAGUUUGAGGUAUAAAAGCCAAAGAUAACUGCGGGCUUCUUGAAGUCCUUAAUGCACUUCAGAAAACUGAAACACUUCUCUUCCCAUGCUGGAUGAUGGCUGGGAUCCCGGAGUGGAUCCUCUCCCUAAAGACAGGCUUAGCAGUGCGGAAAAUAGAAAUUAAACUGAGAUGUCAUUGCAGGAUAAGGAAUAAUCUCUCACCUGGUGAGAAGCAAAGAGCAGGUUGCUCAGGUGGUGUCUGGCAGAGCAGCCACACCCCUACCUGAGCGGGGAAAUCCGGGUUAAGUACAACCCUUGAGGAAGGAUUGUUUUUAACCCGGAGCUCUUCAGCACCAGUUUGUGCAGCAGCACAGCACUGAGGGGAUUGAGGGCUUCACCUCCCCUUGCUCCAAGAGAAAGUCAAGAAAUCAACCCAGGCUGCCCCAAAAUGCCCUCAUGGCAGCACUGGGGCCUGACAAGUGUUGGGGCCGUUCCCCUCCCUCCUAACACUGCCUGGACAGGGGAGCAGCCUCCAGCAGCAGCCCUCCCUGGAAAACCUGCUCAGCUGGAGCUGGAAAGGGAUCCAGCCACUCGCUGAAGGGGAUUCCCUUUGGACUCUGAGGGGCUUUGCCAGAGCAACGUCACUGCCACUCCCAAAUCCCGAAUAAAACAGCCCAAACUGCGCUUCCCGGCGUCAUCCAGUCCCUGGUGUCCCCGCUCGUGCUGUGGCGCAGUGUCCCAGCGUGGUGGCUCUGACUCAUCCGUCUGACAGUGCCUUCUUGGCUGAUUUAAUCUCCCAGUCCUAUUUUUAGAGGUGGGCUUGGGCUGGGGAGGGAGGACGGUGGGUGUGACAUGGGGAACAGCAGGGGGAUUUGAGGGUGCUCAGCUGAGCUGUGCCCAUCCAGCACCAGCCUGUGCUCAUCCCUGUUUCCAGGCCAGCAAGGUGAGUGUCCAGGGAUGUUCCCUGCACCCGAGGCUUUUACGUGGCGUUUCUUUACACAAAGAAAAGCAAACAGGCUCAAGCAGGGCGUCACUGGGAGAGCCAACAUGCACCAAACCGGGUGGGCAGACACCAGCUAGGAAACAAAACCAGAGCCUUGCAACCACAUCCUGGCAGCAGGGACCCCCUCAAAGUACACUGGGGUUCAUCUCAGUGCUCCCCCAAACCUCCUGCAUGUCACUGCACCCAUGGCUUGUCCCACCACUGGCUUUAACCAAAGAGUCCUGAGAGGAAACCUCAUUCCUGGCUCAGGACUCCAAGCACCUGCUGCUGGAGCACCCAGCAAACACCAGGCUGGGCACAUCAGGCCAACCCCCCCAGUCCUCGACCUCUGAAUCUCUUUUUGGGGCCAAGAGCCCCACUUGGAGGUCGGACCAACUAAACACCAACUUGUUUGUUGGAAAAACAACCCUAAACCCAUUUCCACUGGGUGAACAAGCUGGGUGAGUCCCUGGCAGGGACAGGAUGGCGCCUUUCAUCCUCCAGGUCACCCACGGAAUCAAAGGCUCCAACAGCCCCGUAAUGUCAGGGCUUUGAAGAAACCAGUCCACCCUCCCCAGGCACCCCCGGGUGCUAAAUCCCGCCCAAAACAGGUGACACCGCCCCUGUCCCCACUUAACCACUGCCACCGUGGUUUUCAGGUUGGGCCAUUCUCAUGCAUUUUGCUGCAUUUUCCAGGCCGGGGAAAAGUUGAGUUUUUUGGAUGUGCAGGGACGAAGAGGAAAAAGGCUCACCCUGCCCACCCCAGCAGGGUGGGGCUGCCACUCAGUUCCGUCCCUCGGCACCGCUGUCCGCAGGGUGGCCCUGCCACCAGCGUGUCACCUCCCGCGGUCUCUGCUGCCAUCUAGUGCAAUAACCUCGGCCCCUGCGAGCAUCCCUGUCCACUCAUCCCACGGGAGCACGGGCUGUACCCGUGUCAUCCGCAUCCUGAAGGGACACUGGGACAGCACAGAUUUGGGGAUUUUGCCCGGUUUUGGGGCUCACAGCCUAGCACUGCUGUGGAGGACGCUGGUGAGAGACAGUGAUGUGCUAGAAAAUCCUGCCUUUAUUUUCAUUUCUUUUAAAAGCCAUUCUAAGCCCGGAGCGAGCAGUGAGCUCUUCCCCAGGGCGCCAGGAUUUGGCCCCGUCAGCACUUGUAGCUUCCAAAAAACCAGGAAAGGAAACCUAAAGGAAUCACACGGGUAUCCCCUGCCACCCCAGUGUGCUCCAGGGGGGCUGUGGGACAAAUCCCGGGACAAAUCCCGCAGCACUCGGCUCCAUGCGGUGACAAGGAUAACACAAACCAGGGCACAGACGCUGCACGCUGGGACAUCCCCCAGGGCCAGCCAAGGGCUCCUUUCCAACGUCUUAAUGGGGUGAGCAGGACUAAGGAUGGCCACUGGUGCCAGGAACCCAGCAAGGACCUGGUCUGGGGGACCUUAAAGUGCUUUGCAAGGGACACACACACACCCCCCCCCCUCUCUGAGCCCAGUGCUGCAGGACAGAAGGGCUGGGGGGCUGUGGCUUGUACCCUCACCCUUGUGUGUGGGAUAAAUGACACCCCACAGGGCUGGUGGGCCCUUUCUCCCCAUCCCCACAGAUGCCUGUCUUCAGGGCCAUUCCUCCAGGCACAUUCCAAGGGAUACUGAGACAGGGACAAACAGGUGGGUUCUCCCAAAGCAGCAGUGGCAACUAAUCCACAUCUCUGGCGGGUUCCUGGUGAGCCCAAGGUCAUCUUUUAACAAGAAAAAACC